ACCGUAAGCAUUUCGUUUGACAAAUUGAUAUGGCUUAUGAAGCUGUGGACUCCCUGCAACAAACUUUGCUCCUAAUCCUUCAACGCCACGAUCAUCUCAUCACUCCUCCUGUUAAACAACAACUUAUAUCCAUCCACGACAAAGCUGUUGUCUUGCAGUUUAAUCUCAAACAUUUUCCAGAUAAAGAAACCAUAAGGGAGGUAGCAAAUACAGCUGAAAAGAUUAUUCAAUAUCUUUUCUCCUCACAAAAUCUAUCAGAUUGCGGAUUCAUUCAUCCAACUGUCAGACUUUCAGAUCAGUUGGGGAAAUUAGCUAAGGAGCUGGAGUCAACUGUUGGAUAUGUGGUUGACUACUGCAAGAGCAACGGCGCGAGUGAUUCUCCUGCUGUUAGUUCAUCAUCAAGAUAUGCACUCAAGAGUGAAGUACAAGAUCUGAAGGUUGCACCGGAGCUGAUUGUCAGAUUAUCAAUCCGCUUGAGGAGAUUAACGGAGAAAAUAAAGUCUACUGCUAGAGCAUCAGUAGAUGAAAAUCCGAGUGAUUCACCAUCAAUACCUCCAUUCACAUACAACGAUGUUGUGCUUAAACCUACAAGCAAAGAUCUUGUGGUUGGUUUUGAUGAAGAUGUGGUACCGAUGAGGAACCGGAUCAUUGGUUAUGACGCACUAACAAUCCUCCCUGUUGUCGGAAUGGCAGGAAUUGGUAAGUCCGAGUAUGCUAAAUAUAUCUAUCAUGAUCCAUUUAUUUCAUGCCAUUUCGAUAUUCGAGCUUGGGUCAAAAUAUCACUAGAUUAUAGUAUAGCAAGUGUUCUCUCACAAUUACUGGCUUCACUCAAAGGAAAAGUAGAUCGACUUGGAAGGGAUUCAUUGAAAGUAAUCGAAGCAGAGGAGCUUGAAAUUUACAAAAUCUUAUCGGGGAGGAGGUAUCUCAUUGUAAUGGACGACAUUUGGAGUGCGGAAGUUUGUGAUGAUGUGCGGAAGCUAUUUCCUGACAAUCAUAAUGGAAGCCGGAUCAUAUUAACCACAAGGCUAAUGGAUGUGGCGAUUUAUGCUGCCACUGGGUGGAAAAUUCUUAUGAUGCGUUUCUUGGAUGACAAACAAAGUUGGCGUUUGUUCCAUCACAAGGUUUUCGGGGAUCAAGAUUGUCCUCUUGAGCUACAAAGUGUUGGGGAGAAAAUAGUAAAAGGAUGUGGAGGACUGCCCCUCUCAAUUGUUACUGUGGCAAGACUUCUAUCCGGGAUUCCUAGAACUCCAAAGAUGUGGCUGCAAAUUGAGAGAAAUGAUGGGCAGUUGGAAUCAGUAUUAUCUUUGAGUUACAACCACUUGCCUCCACAUUUGAGGGAGUGUUUCUUGUAUAUGGCAGGCUUCCCUCAAGAUUAUGAAAUCUAUGCUUAUGAGCUUAUCAAACUUUGGGUAGCUGAGGGCUUUUUGGAAGGUCAUAAUGACACUACAAGCAUAGAAGUGGUGGCGGAGAAGUGCCUGGAGGAUCUGAUCAAGCAAAGUCUAGUUUUGGUCACUAGCCGGAAAAGUAAUGGCAGAACCAAAACUUGCAGGCUGCAUAGCAUGGUGCGUGACUUUUGUGUGAGAAAGGCCGGGCAAGAGAAGUUCCUUCUUUCUGUUACAGACUACUUUCCUAAUCCUAUCUUGAGAAGGCAUUUUCUUCCACAAGUCCUCCAAAAUCAUCACCGUGUAAGUGUUAGUUGGCAUGAUCUACUUCUUAAAGACUCUACGCAUAGCUCAUGCACCACCUCUAUUAUGUGCAUACCGCAAAGAGGAUAUAGGCCCAAAUGCUCUGUAGAGAACUUUACUUCACUUAGGGUCCUUCAUGUUUUACGUGAAAACGAUCACUCAUAUUGGGAGCUAGGUCAUGUGUUUGAACUGAUUCAUCUCACAUACCUUGCUUCCUACAUUCCCGACAGUAUUGUCCCUCCAGCUAUAGCAAAGCUUCAGAAUCUGCAGACUUUAAUUAUUUAUAGAUCUGAGGUUCGUUUGCCUGUGGAGAUUUGGAGCUUGAGGCAGUUGAGACAUCUUAUUGCCUUCUCAUUUUGUUCUUUACCCCUUCCUGAAGGAGUAACUCUUUCUCUAGAAAACUUACAAACACUUUCCAUGGCAACAAACUUUGUAUGUAGUGGAAGGAUGGUGAGAAUGAUCCCAAACAUAAAAAAGUUGGAAAUAUGCUACUCUCAAGAGAAUUUUGGUGUAGGUAACUAUCUUGACAACCUUAUACAGUUGCAUAAACUUGAGAAGCUGAAAUUGGAGAUGCAUAGUUCAUCUGUGACAGGUCUGAAUACUAUUUGUCAUCCGUUUCUGAAAUUGAAGGUGCGUAGUUCAUUUGUGUCAUAUCUUGACAAUCUAGUUUUUCCACCGUCGCUGAUAAAGUUAGAAUUGAGUGGUGGAUGGAUUUCUUGGAAAGAUAUGACAAUCAUUGGUUCGUUGCCUAAUCUUCAAGUGUUGAAACUAAAGAACUAUGCUUGCCAUGGGGAAUACUGGGAAACCAUUAAGGGAGAAUUUUGUCAUUUGAUGGUUUUGCUUGUUGAAGAAUCAAAUCUGCAGCGAUGGACAACUGAAUGUAGCCACUUUCCUAGGCUCCGGUGCCUAAUGCUUCAUCGUUGUCCAUACUUGAAUGAGAUUCCAUCUGAUAUUGGGGAUAUUCCAACACUCAAAUUGAUUGAGAUCGAUGAUCAUAACCAAUCUCUUUUGUGCUCGGCAAAAAUUAUACAAGAGGACCAACACAAAUAUUUCAGAAAUUAUCGCCUAAAAGUUGUUGUGAAGCAUUCUUGAUCCUUUUACAAACUUGACUGCGUGCUUCAUAAAAUUUGCCAGAUUGCAGAGCUUUAAAAGGCAGCUUAACAGAUAUUCUACUGAAUGAGUUCUGAUUGGUGCAGAAGGGCUUUCAUGCAUACGUACUUUAGUGUUGAAGGCACAUACAUGCAAUGGGUGGAGUUUUACUCUCUUACGAAGGUAAUAAUUCUCUCAGUAAAAGUGUUGUUUAUAUUAUGUACAUUUAUUUGAAAUAGCUUGCAAAGAAGCAUUUAUCUUUGAGAAAUACAUGAUAACACAAUAUCUAUUAUGUACAUUUAUUUGAAAUAGCUUGCAAACAGGUAAGAGUUUAUCAACCA